AUGGGACAACCGAUCGCUACAGGACCGGGACCAGGACUUCCAGCCCCAUUUAGAGCCGCCGCUACAUGCUUCCGAAUCAAGCUCAGAUUGGUCCCAUGGCUUUGCUCCCUACGAACUGACAUUGGAAUUGACCCAGCAAAGUUCCCACCGUCUUCCAAUAGAGCUGUAUACGUUCCAGUGCCAAGAGUCCAGAACCAGAUGGAUGUAUCCAUCACUUGCCAAAUGGUAACAGACCAAGCACAUGACAAGGAAAUUAUCGCAGCAAUGGUAGCAUUGGGAAAAGAGUUCUCGAUGAGAGCCGCAACCAGAGACGGAGAACCUGACAACGAAGCCUACGAAAAGUGGUCCAAGCAACAGAUUGCCAAGACCCAAUUCCAAGCGCUCAAACAAGCACUCAUGGCCACCUACGUCGGACUACAACAAGGAAUGGAGACGCCAAACCAACAACUGGCAAAACUCAAUAUGAUCCAAUACAAAGGAGGCACGAUGAUGUGCGACAGCGUGGCUACGUUAUUUGGCAGAAUCGCCACAAUUCUAAACAGGUUCAACCACAAGAAUCCCCCACCAACCAACCUAUCGGACUUGGCAGGCGUAGCAUUCCAAGCCUUCACACAAGAAAUCAAGGACGUUGUGGCUGAACACCUAGAGACGGGAGCAGCAGGACCACUACCCAUGGACUACCCCAGCAACCUGUCUCAAAUGCACCGCUUGCGUGAACAAGCAGAGAAGGAGGAGAAGCGCAUCACGCAAAUUGUGGGAAUUGCAAACAGCACGGGACUAGUCAGACCAAACAGAAGCUACGUUCCAGGACCAUCUGCACCAACAAGACCAGGAGGAAGAGCUUUUGCGGGAUUCCACCAACAAGGAUUCCAAGGAUUCCAAGACAACUGCUCCUUCCAAACUCCAAGGAUUGAGACUGCUGGAACCGUACACACCGCACUGACAACCCCUCCAGCACCAGAGCAAAACGUUAGAGUCACCGACGGACAAGGAAGACAAUUGUUGGUCCUGACAUCCGACAGCAAAUUAUACUGCCCAAAAGCUGCCCUAACAAUGCUAGCAUGCAUGAGUGCCGCCGAAGAAGCAUUCAACAUCGAAGAAGAAAGCGACAAAACAUCCUCGAUCCAUUGUUGGGGAUACCAAAAGAUAGGCCACGCAUUCCGAGAAUGCCCCCACAAAGGAGAUCCGGGAGUUAUCAGCCAGUUUGAAAAAAGCCUAGAGGACUACAGACUAAAGAGAUAG